GACCCCCGCCAUCCACCAGGAACCACCCCGCCCCUCUCCGCCGCACCCCGUCCCACCCUAACCUUUCCAACCAGUCAGUUCUACAAUGGUCUCCCAUGAACAACACCCCACCGAUGAAGUACAGAGCAACAACUCUCCCAGCGUUUGCGGCAUCUUUCACACUCCCAGCAUCCUCUGUUCCUCUUCCGUCACUUCCCCUAAACUUCAUCCAGCAGCAGCAAGGUCAAGGACAAAAGACGGGUUCACCCACUUCCAGGGAACAACCAAGACAACAUGCGCCCAAAAGGUCAAUCGAACCGUGCACUACAUCGGCCUCCGUCGUCGCUAAGAAACGCCAGCGACAUCAAAGUCAGCCUGUUCGACCAGGAGACCGUCAGUUCGAGCCCAAUUUCUCCCAGGCAGACGACACCCCACCUCGACUGCUAGCCCCUGGGCAGGUACUGAUGAACACAGGACAGAUGCCUCCCUGCAAACCCAACCUCAAGCGAUCGUGUAGCUCAACAGAGGAAGAACUGAAAAAGACGAAGGACACCUCUCUUCCUCCAGUGUCCGACUGGUCUAAGAUGUUCUCAAGACCUACCAGCCAGGACAGCAUUGUUAACGGCCAGCCUGCGCAUGUCAAGACGGCUCCCGCCUCGGCCAAUCAGAUGGUGCCACCUAACGCCCACACACACUUAAAACGUAAAGAAAACUGCCUUGUGGACGCAAAGGAGGCACUUGAUUUUCCCUCUCUCGCUCCCAGUCUGUCUACUCCUACACCAGCUAACUCCACCGAGUCUCAGGAAGGAAUGAAGGAGAUUGCCCAGGUACUUCUGGACCUUUCCACAAAGGGGCCACACACGUCGACGUCCGUCGCCAACAGCUGUCACAACAUCAAUAGAUAGUGUCAACCAGACGGAGAGCAUAUGGGGAUAACCGUGAUUUAACCAAUAGCUAACGGAUGGUUAGAUGCACCAUGCACCUUAUUUUAAAACACAGCAGAAUCAUGUGUACUAAGUUUGUGUGCCAAGGUAAUAUUAUGCCCACCAGGAAGUCCUUUAGAACACCGCAUAAUAAGGUAACCCGGGGUGCUCUUGUGUUUCGAGGUGUGAAUGCAAAUCAUUUGAAAAUAUAUCAUUUAUUGAUAAAAAUGUCAUCUGUUUAGUAUUUAUUAAUACUGAACAAAAAAGUUAGGGAUCAUGAGUAUUGGGGGAUACUGUUUUUUAGAGAAGACUGCGCAAAUAAUUUCAUGUAAAAAAUCCCAUGACAUGUUUAUGAUCCCUAACUUAUUUUCUUCAGUAUAAUUGGAUAUGUUGUGUAUUUAGUUACUGAGUUUUACACCUGUGUGGGAGAAAGGAUACCGCCUAUAUUCACCAGGUCAGAUAUUGUUUGGAUGCAGAUUGAAUGCAUUUAUAUAUUUAUUGAUAAUUUUACAAGAAGAAUGUAAUUUAUUUUGUUUGUUUGUUCAUGCCAACUUCAAACGCAUGAUAAAUAUGAACACGUGUGGUAAUUUGUAAUUUAUUUAACAAUCAAAGUUAAUGACUAGUAUUCCAAUGCGAAAAGGUAUAUUCGUUAUAAUGGGUUCAUUAUUGGUAUGUAUGAUGUCCAGGUAACUGUUGAUUUCAUACAUA